GGGGUCAAAGUUAAAAAGUGGGCUGAUUCGCACUCUAAACCAGACUUUCUGCUUCCUCCCGAUGUGAGCCAGCUGAAGUCCUGAUAUGUGGUUCAGGUCGCUGGCGCUGAGUGCACGCACUCUCGGUGUUCUCGGAGCCGUCUCGCAUAAACUCGUUCCCACUGGUUUGUUUCACUCGGCUCUUAGGAAACCGUCUCUGGUGGAACAGACAGACAUGAAGGUAGAACUGCUGCCUGCUCUCACCGACAACUACAUGUACCUCCUCAUCGAUGAAGACACGAAGGAAGCAGCUAUAGUCGAUCCAGUAGAGCCUCAGAAAGUUGUAGAUGCGGUCAAAAAGCAUGGAGUGAAGCUCAAAACUGUCCUGACAACUCACCAUCACUGGGAUCAUGCAGGAGGUAAUGAGAAACUGGUAAAGCUCAUGCCAGGACUGACAGUUUAUGGAGGAGAUGACAGAGUGGGAGCUUUAACUCAGAAAGUCACGCACUACAACACUUUCAAAGUGGGCUCUCUGAAUGUAAAGUGUUUGUUCACGCCGUGCCACACCAGCGGACACAUCUGCUAUUUUGUAACAAAAGAAAACAGCACUGAACCACCAGCUGUGUUUACAGGCGAUACUCUAUUCGUGGCCGGCUGUGGGAAGUUUUUUGAGGGUACCGCUGAUGAGAUGUAUAAAGCCCUGAUCGAGGUUUUAGGCCGUCUUCCUCCAGAGACGCGUGUGUACUGUGGUCAUGAGUACACCAUCAAUAAUCUGAAGUUUGCUCGGCAUGUUGAACCAAAUAACGAGGUCAUCCAGAAAAAGUUAGCUUGGGCAAAGGAAAAAUACGAUAACGGAGAGCCAACCAUUCCCUCUACAGUGGCUGAUGAGUUCACAUUUAACCCCUUCAUGAGAGUGAGAGAGAAGUCAGUACAAGAGCAUGCUGGGACCAGUGACCCGAUUGAAGCCAUGAGAAACAUCCGUAAGGAGAAGGACCGCUUUAGAGUCCCGAAGAACUGAAGGCUUAUCUUUGCGCUGGUCAUCACCACUACUUUUGUAUCUGCUCAUCACUUCACUAACAACAGCAGGACAUGAGGCACAUGCAGAAACUCCAUGUAUAACAAAAGCACAAUCAUUGAGCUGUUUAUUUUCAUGUUUUUUCUUUAAGGCAGCGUGUUAUCUUCAUUGAGCAAUACACAGGAUUGUUAACCUGUAAAACCAUGUUUUUAAACCACUGCUACAGGCAAUAGAUCAAACAAAAAACAAAUAUUAUUUAGAAUGUUUUCAUCGUUGAAGAAUACAUUUAUGCCAUUGAUUUGCAUUUAUAGAAAAUACAAAUGUACUAGUUCUGUGUUGUAGGCAAAAUUUUAUUUACAUAAGGUUACGUAAGUUUUAUUUUUGACAUUUUCAGCUUUUGGGAAGAUCCAGGCCAUGAACCAAUGCCAUGUGGUUAAAUUAUAGUUUUAUUUCCAGAUGUUUGUCUUAAUGUGCAAUGUUUUAUUUUGUAAAUCAAAAAGAAUAAUUUUUAAGAUGUUAUGAAGAAAGCGAGGUGUUCCCGCAAAAUCAGAUUUGGUAUAUUUUUAUGUCUGUCAGAAAAUGACAUUUGAUUAAAUUGCGUUUAUUUUGAUGUCUCUGGAUGAUUUUGAAUGUAGAAAAUAUUGAACACUGCAUACUGAUUUCAGCUUUUCGCCUUGUUUUAGCUCAUCCAGAUAUUGUUUCAGCUGAUCUUGCACUUUUUGGCAUCAAAAAUAACAUAUUAAUUAUAAUUACAUUGUUCAAACUGAAUAAAGUCUUAAUGUAAAUGUAAA